AUGAGUAUUGUCAUUGACUGUAAUCUGCCAGUCAUUUCAGAGAGGAUCCAUUAUAAUGAGGGAAGCUGUAUAUAUAUAUAUAUUUUUUUCUCUCUCCCAUUCAUAAUAUUGCGAAGCAUUCUAAUAACAGCAAAUGUCCGCAGGUCUCUUCAAGUGUGGGAGCAGACCGGGAAACGACACAGCGAGGUCCUCCGAGAACAGCAGAGGCAGGAGGGCGGGUCCAGGCUCGGGGGCGCCCUCCGGUACCCCAGCACUGUCAUCCUGUGGGUUACGUGCAACCAGGACGUCCUGGACCAGCGACUAGACAGACGUGUCGAUGACAUGAUAGAACGCGGCCUCCUGCAGGAGCUGAAGGAUUUCCACGCCGAUUACAACAGGCAGCGGCUGAAGGAGGGGCAGCUGGCCGACUACACCAAGGGCAUUUUCCAGAGCAUCGGCUUCAAGGAGUUCCAUCAGUAUCUUGUGCUGCCGGAGGAGGAGCAGCAGACUGAGGCCGGCAAGAAGUUGUAUGAAGCCGGAAUUGCAGCACUGAAGCAGGUGACAAGACGGUAUUCAAGAAAGCAACUGAAAUGGAUUAAGAACCGGUUCCUUCUCCCAGCCGACCGUCAGGUUCCACCAGUCUUCGCACUAGAUGGCUCUGACCCAAGCAAGUGGGACGACCGAGUGCGGCUUCCUGCAGAGGGUGUUGUGCAAGCGCUAGCAGAAGGGAGACAGCCAGAGCUUCAGACUGCCAAUAUGGUUAAAGAAUCGCCAGAUGUAGAGGAUAUCAAUCGAGGUGACAAAACGCGAUAUGAAUGUGAUGUCUGCGAGCGUGUUGUGAUAGGAGAGAUCCAGUGGCGGGCUCACGUACAUGGCGCAAAACAUAGGAAGAUGCAGAGAAGACAGACACUCCUUCAGGAAAAUGACAAGAAAGAACUGAAAGUGUGAAGAGAUAUUUUAAAAAACAUUGAUUUUACUUGUGAAAAAUGGCUAGUUUAUAUCUAGUCAUUCUGAUAUGUACAAAAAAAGAAAAGGAAUGAGGCAUAAGUAGCAAAUUCAAGCUAUUAUGUAUUGUAAGAGAGAUAUACAUUUAUGUAUAAAAAGUCUUAAGUUCUC